ACUUGUAAAUUGCAUGGAACCUUCUAAGCCUAAAAAGUGCUCUGUUGUGAUGAUUUGGCCGACUGCUGGCGACCCAACGUAGUCCAAACUAAACAUUUUCUUGGCAAAAUUGGCAAAUAGUAGAGUACCGAAUGUGAUUGGGGUACUACCGAUCGGACCCAAUUGGACGACAACAGCCAGUGAAGUGCGGUGGAUGUGUGUGAAGAGCGUCCCGGAGGUAUUUUUCCCCCAAACUUGGUGACGUUAGCUUGCAAAAGUGAGGUUAGGUGGUGUGCAGGACCAUCUCUCUGCAGAUAAUCCCAGAUAGCCACGCAAGUACCGUACUUCUGACCACAUUGCCAGUGCAAAUAGGUACUGGGGGAAAUUGUGCAAAUUUUGGGGGUGUUUUUGUUGUGAGGAAUUGAACAAUUUGUGUGUGAUUAGCUGAAGAUGGCCAUCAAACCAAUCGGCAGGAAGAGUUCUAGUAAGAAUCCACCUAUCCUGAGCCAUGAAUUUGUCAUCCAGAACCAUGCAGAUAUUGUCUCCUGCAUUGCCAUGGUAUUUGUCGUUGGGCUGAUGAUUCAGACAACAAGUCAACUGGCAAGUGUCUUCGUCACCCUCCAUCAUAAUGUCACGGGACAGGAGCCGAGCUCCGAAGUUCCCCGUGGUCUUCCCUUCUACUAUGAGCCUGGCUGGAAGGAUUCCUGUGCUGUCUUCUUCUACAUGCUCAUCUGUAUCAUUAUGCAUGCAAUACUCCAAGAAUACGUCCUCGAUAAAAUCUCCAAGAAACUUCAUCUGUCGAAAUUCAAACUGGCUCGCUUUAAUGAAUCAGGCCAGUUGGUUGUCUUCUACUUGGUAUCCUUCGUUUGGGGCAUUGAGGUGAUUCUGCGGGAACAGUAUGUCCGGAUGAUGUCAAAUCUCUGGGUAGAUUAUCCGAAUCAUCCAAUGUCUUUCCUCCAUAAACUCUACUUCAUCAUCCAACUGGCCUACUACCUCCAUAUGCUGCCCGAAUUGUACUUCCAGAAGGUGAAGAAGGAGGAGCAGAAGGAUAAAAUCCGCCAUGCUCUAGCUGGUCUUCUCUUCAUUGCCUUUGGCUACGUAUUCAACUUCCAGAGAAUCAGCAUCGUCCUCCUCACUUUCCACUACUUCAGUGAAGUCAGCACGCAUUUUGUCCAACUCUUGGACAUCUUCGACAAACACGAGAAAUUGUCCAAUGUUCGUGUCCUCAGUAACAUUGUUUUCGUGUCCAUGCGCUUUGCCACAAUGGUCAUCUCCGUACUGACCUUCUUUUACGGAAUUGGCGGCACCACAGAUCAUGCCAGUAUUGGCAUUGUUUCCCUCUUUGUCGUAUACAGCCUUCAGGGUUACCUGAUCUUCCAGUUUAUCAAUGAAUUCCUUCGCAAUAGGCGCGAAAAGCAAGCUGAAUUGAAGGCCCUGAAGAAGUCCAAAUCCGUUAAAGUGGACAAGGUGAAAAAAGAGAAGAAGCAAGAUGGUGAUCUUCCAGAUGGUGAACAAAAUUCUGGAAAACUCAAGACUAAGUAGACGCCAGAGACGCCUGAAAUGUGCAUUUUUAUUUUGAUAUUCUUCCAAGGACUUUUUUUAAAAACAAAAAAUAAAUUUUUGUUCUUGUGACAUCCGGAAAGCCAAGCAGAACGAAAGAGAGAAAACAAAAACCAUCUACAGUAAAUGCAGAGUUAAGAAAUGUACUUUCUCAAUGAUUUUCCAGAUUACACACACUUUUUUUCGUCUUCGGAGAAAUGUGCAAAGCAUUUUAAAAGAAAUAAAAAAUUCUUUUUUGUAAAAA